GAUGAUGAUGAUGAUGUCGAUGGAGAGGUUGAAGAAGUGUUUGACAUCACCAAGACAACGAAGUACGUGGACAAGUUUCUCUUUAUCUGGCACACAUCAUUGAUGCUGGUCUGCCUCUUCUUGCUCAUAGUCGGCAUCGUCCUGCGGUUCCACUUCACCACGCUGGUCUUGAGCUCCGUCAAGGCGCACCCUUACUUUGAAGAGUACGAGAGAUUUGUGGCGUUCAAUUCGGCCCCGAGGGAGCUAGUCUUUGGUGACUUGACACAAACUCUCGGCAACGCACUGAUUGUAUUAAAUGGUGUUCAUAUUUUGUGUAUUAUGAUGUAUAUGAGUUUCCAAAUACACAAAAACCAUUUUACACUUCCGGUGGUGUGCAUCAUAUCCGGCGUGGUGGUCAUCAUGGAGAUCAACGCCACCAAUGUCUACAUGAGCGAGACCUCGGCCCAGAGCAAGGAAGCCAAGGAUAAUCUGGAGAGGAACAUCCGCAUGAUAUACAACGUGGAGGAUAGUACAGUGUUCUCCGUGACCCAUGACAUCAUAUCUGUUUGGGGUCAUUGCUGCGGAGUGACCAGUAUGUAUGACUUUCAGAACCACACGGGAUUAAAGUUCUCGGCCAAAACUGACAAAGAAAGAAAACCUAUUCAGUAUCCGCCCUCGUGUUGUAACCAGACGUUCUUUAGUUUGGGGGACAAGGCCAGAGACGCUGUCAAGAACUGCGCCUUUUCUGGCGAAGGCGUAUACUCGAUGGGCUGCUACACCAUGAUGUUUGAGUGGCUGAGCUACUACUGCAUCCUCUACGCUACAGUCAUCCUCUGGCAGCUGAUCGACAUCCUUGUGCACCUUAUCCUGUACAGGAAGAUGGUCACUUUAUUCAGAAAUUACACUGGUCAAAAAAAGUGACCUCAAGCUGACCUCAUCGAUGGCUAUUUAUAUACAUGUAUAUAUCAUAUAUAUUUUAUAUAUUUAGACAGUUGCCCAAUCAGCGCAGGCCCGAACCUAAGAAAUGUUGAGGCCCUGUGCUGGAUGGCAAAGGCGUGUCAGGGUAUAACGAGCUGUAAGGACCCCCCAUGAGAGUUCCGCUCUUGCAGAUCGUCAGAUCCUCCAGUCGGGUCUCGGCCGCCAUGUUUUAAGUUGCCGUGAGCAGAGGUCACUCCGUACCCGAGAUUUAGUCUCAUGCAGCACGGCCCAGAUGUCCGGCAGCGUACCUCAGGGUCCCUUUGUCCCCGCUCAAGACGAGACCCAGUUGUAUUGUUCUCAAGACCCCCUCCCCCCCCCCCGUACCUUAGAAACCUGUCGUCUUCUGUUAUAACCCCUUCCAUGUCCAUUUGUCGCAUUUUGAUUUGCAGACAUGUAUUCUAAGCCAGUGUUUCCCAAACUAUUUUCCACGGAACCUUAGUAUUCAGCGAGGCCCUGAAUAAGUGUUCCGCGAACUACUGGAAUAAUUAACUAAGUAGGCCACCACGUGACAGUAAGAGUAAGUCUGUAUAUAUUGUCCAAAUAAAGAGAAACGCAAGGCUCUUCAGACUUAAGGCCCAUUAGACAGGGUACUAAGUUUUGGUUUGCUCAGAGAGAGGCUAUAUACAUAUAUAAAGUCAAAUAUUGUGAGGAAAAGAUUUUACUAUUUGUGCAAUAUUGUAGCUAUAUUCUUUUUUAGCUCUACACAAGUUCAGAGGUCAGAGGUUAAUUUACUUCCCAUACUUCCCCCGCCUCCUAUCGCUAAUAUUAUGUUUUUUUUUCCUUGUUCGGAUACAUAUAAAUAUAUAGUGUUUGUGUUUAGUUUAAACUACUUGUUAUAAGUAUAAUUAAAAUAAUGUAAACAUAA